CUACAUAAUCACAUUCAUAUAGUUCACAGUACAUACCUAAUUUAUUGUAUUAUUGAAAUGGCACUGGAAACUUUUGCGGUUGAAUAUAUGUAGGAUAUAGGUGAUAUAACUGAUCAAGUAUUUGAAAUUGAUUUGUUAUAAAAUAUAAAUUUGUAUUAUUUUCUUUACGUAUUAUAAUAAUGGUAAAAUUUUUUGAAAAUAAAAGUUUAUUCCCAUUCAGAUGGGAUCAAGUUGUUCAUGGUUUUUGGCAUCGUUAUCCUAACCCAGAAAGCAAGCAUGUAUUAUCCGAGGAUGUGUUACAUAGAGAAGUGAAAGAAAAAAAAUUACAUUCUAUUAGGUUAUUUACGAAAACUAACAAGUUACCAAAAUGGGGUGAACGUUUUAUAAAUACUAAUGUUGUAAAAAUUGUUGAAGAAUCAAUUUUAGAUCCUUCAAAAAAGACAUUGGUAACAUAUACAAGAAAUGUUGGAUAUGCAAGUGUUAUGGGUGUGACAGAAAAAGUUGUUUAUAAAGUCAAUGAAGAAAAUCCAAGUACUACAGUGGCAGAGAGAUCAGUGUGGAUUGAAUCAAAUGUGUAUGGAAUGUCUAAAGCUAUUCAAGCAUUUGGAAUGCAGCGAUUUAAAGUUAACAGUACUAAAGCAGUAAAAGGAUUUAAUUAUGUACUCAAUAGUAUGUAUGGUAGUAAUACUUCAAGUUCAUCUGGUGUAUUAUUACACCAGAAAGAAAAAUUAAAGGAUGCUCUUAAACAAACAAAUUACAAAACUGGAACUCUUUAUGUUCAUUAAAAUAAUUCCUAUUUGAGAUUUCAUCAAACUUAUUAAGAUCAAUAAAAUGUGAUAACAUAAUUAUGUAUUCUUAUCAGUUCAACAAUUUUAACCAGAUUAAAAUACUCUUCAAUCUUAUGUGAUUACUGUCAACUUAAUAGUAUUUUAUUAGAAUACAGUAUAAUUAUUUUAAAUAAGAGAACUUUGUUUG